ACAAGCCGACUCAUUGCAAAAGCUCUUUGAUGGCAGGAUAGUUGAUUGCAAACAACGUGGGAAUUUCGGCGACCAUCAUGAACAGCACAUUGUUCCUCCGAUCCGGUAGACUUCCAACAAAUGCCAACCGUAUUCGUUACCGUGCAUGGUCCUUCCGGCGCACACUAAUUGCGGCGCCAGGCCCUCGCUCGGGGCCCCUCCUAAGUCGAAGGGCCGACCGCGAACUUCCGUCAAUUGAUUCCCAUCGGCGGUGGAUUCGAACUCUUCCUUUAUUUGCUGCAGCUAUUGGUGUCUCUAUGUUGGCGAUAUUCAACUACCAAAAGUCAUCUUCGAGUGUCGUGAACAGCACCAUGUAUGCUCUUAGAACGUCUCCCAAAGCGAGAGAGUUUCUGGGGGAUGAGAUCUACUUUGCGCAAAAGAUACCAUGGAUUGGCGGAGAAAUCAAUCAACUUCAUGGACGGAUAGAUAUUUCGUUCUGGGUCAAAGGAACACGUGCGAAGGGGAAGAUGCGGUUUAAGAGUACUAGAGAAAAUCGCAUGGGUUUUGUAAGCUUUUUUCUUUUCCUUUUUUUCUUUUUUUCUUUUCUUUUUUUUUUUCGUUUCUUUGAAAUACUGUUCUUGAUUUUAAGUCUAUUGUUUUCACCCUUUGUUUUCUUCAAAGUACAAGAUAUCCUGUACUAACCUCAGCUGGUCCGAAU